AUGUCAUUCAAGCGAUCCCGCGCCACCUUCGAAGCCGACCUCCAAGCUCAGCAAUCGCCUUACGUUCUCUUCGGCACCCCCCUACCACCUCUCGAUCCCGAAGUCCGCGACGACGGUUCUUACGUCCCGGUAUGGAAGCAGGAAGUGCGGGAUGAGCGCGGUCGAAAGCGUCUCCACGGCGCCUUUACAGGCGGCUGGAGUGCUGGGUACUUCAACACCGUUGGGUCAAAGGAAGGAUGGACGCCCUCGACCUUUGUCUCCUCGCGUGCGAAUCGCCGCAAGGAUGAUACGGCCCCUAAGCAGCAGCGGCCUGAGGACUUCAUGGAUGAAGAGGAUCUAGCUGAUGCGGAAGAGACGCAAAAACUACAGACAGCACAGGAGUUUGCCGGCCUGGGAGCUACGGAUGAGGAUGGCUUGUUGCGACGAGGCGGCGGGCUUGCCGACUUAUUCCGAGUUCAGGGUGAUACUAUGGGUGUUAAGCUUCUACGAAAGAUGGGUUGGAAGGACGGCCAAGGAAUCGGUCCUAAGGUCCGUCGAAAAGCUCGACUCGAUAUCAGUAGUAAACCUGGCAAUUCUACUCAGGAAGGAGGAGAUACGUAUCUCUUUGCGCCGGAUGACGUGGCUUUGAUAUCUUUCACAAGGAAGCUAGACCGCAAAGGAUUAGGCUACGAGGGAGAGGCUAGAUUGGCGCCGAUGAAGUCGGACACAAGAGUGGAAGCCGGCUCGAGUUCCGACGAAGAUUCGCACAACGGACCCUUAAUACGUCCAGGCGCGCUUAAGAAAAAGAAGCCGAGUAAAUUUGGAAAGGGCGGGAUCGGUAUUGGUGUUUUAAAUGACACGGGAUCCGACGACGAAGAUCCAUACGAGAUCGGACCGCGAAUAUCAUAUAAUAGAAUUAUAGGAGGGGAUAAGAAGAAAAAGAAAGCAGCGAACAUAACGACAUCAGCUAAUCCGGCAUUGCGCUCUGCACCUGUUUUCAUAUCCCGAAAAACCGCCCUCGCGCAAGCAGGCAAGAACCUACGAAAAUGUCACGACGGUCGGCUACACCUUGACGGCUUCGUCUUUGGAAUCGAGACGGACGACCUAUCAUCUACCAUCAACACCGAAGUCAACAAAUACCCGCCUCCCGAAAUACCACCAGACUGGAAAUCCAGCAAGCAACGCGAAUCCGACACAUCAGCAGCAGACUACGUAUCCACCGCCGACGCAGCCAAAGCCUCAAAACUAGACCCUAAAUCGCGCGCCGCGCUCCUAGGUGAGGCUCAACUCCCUGGUAAAUCCGUCUUCGAUUUCCUUUCCUCCUCCGCGCGCGACCGCCUCGCCACCGCAACCGGAAAGACUAAUCUUCCUCCCGCCCUGGGCGAGAUCCCCGAGGGAUACGCUUUAAGCGAGGAGGAGAAGCGGCAGGAGCUCUUGCGCCAGGUCCCCGAGCUCGACAAGAUGACUGCCGCGGCUGCGAUAGCUCGCGGCGCAAGCGGUGGCGCCGCGCCAUAUGCAGAUAAUGAGGCGAAGCGCGCGCGAUAUAGGGCGUAUCUCGAAUGGGCCGCCGGGUUUAACGCAAACCCACCGUCCCGACUCCCCAGCGUCAGCGCAGAAGAUUGGCUGCGCGAGCUGCACGAGUUCCGCAGCUGCGCGCUGAUUUUCAAGCCCAUGACCGGCGCCAUGGCCUCGCGCUUUACCACCUCUUCUUCGUCUACUGCCUCAAAACUAGCUACCGGUUCCUCCGGCACCGUCCCCUCGAGUCGCGAUCUACUGUCCGUGCCGCCGCAGAAACCGGUCGAUCCUGCGGAGCAGGCUGCAGGUCUGGGCAUGUAUGGUUCUAUGACGAGGUCUGUGGGCGACUUUUACCCGACGAGGCUGCUGUGCAAGAGGUUCAAUGUGAGGCCUCCUGCGCAUGUGCAGCCGGACCAGCAGUCGGAGUCGGAUAGGGGAGCAGCAGCAGCAGCAGCAGCGUCGAAGAGCUCGUAUGGCUCGAGUGUGGGUGUGGGUAUGCCUGGGUUUACAACAGGUGCAAUGACGUUAGAUGAGCUAUUGCAGUCGGCGCAGGCACAGACUAGUAGCAACGCAGAUAUAGCGGUACCAGCGCCAAAGGCAAUUGAAGCACCGCCACCGAAGACAGAAGAAACGAUGAUAAACGCCGAAGUCAACGAGGCGGUAGAGGGCAAGCGAGCGCAGGACGAUGUGCUAAGGGCUAUAUUUGGGGAUAGUAGUGACGAAGAAGACUAG